UGACCAAUUUGGAUAAGAUAAACAGAUUAGGAAUGAAAUAGAUUAAGAUAAAACGAUACAAGGGAAUAAUUCUAGCUAAUUUUUUGUCAUUGUGAACCAGCACGAUCAUGGGUCGCUGGUUAUUGCUACUUGUGGGCACUGUCCUAGUCCAGGGCACCCUUAGUUUAAGUCCGAUUCCUGUGCCUGAAGAAGAAUGGGACGAGUUCUAUAGGGUUUUGAGAGAUCCAGCAUACCGACUUCCUACGACGACACGCCCCCGUCACUACGAAGUCUCCUUAACUCCUUACUUCGACAUCGUUCCAAUUAAUACACGACCGUUUACUUUUGAUGGAGAAGUCACUAUCUAUAUCAGCCCAACUGUGGCCAAUGUCAAUGAAAUCGUUAUGCAUUGUAAUGAUAUAACCAUCAAUUCCUUAAGUGUUCUGCACAAUAAUGUAGAGAUCGCAACACCAGGACAAACACCUACUUGCGAGAUGCCCUUCAGCUUCCUUAGGAUUCGUACAAACACGCCUCUGCAGCUUGGUCAGGAGUACGUAGUGCAAUUAACAUUUAAUGGCAACCUGCAGACCAAUAUGAGAGGAUUCUACAGAAGCUUUUACCACGAUAGUUAUGGAAGAAGAUGGAUGGGUACAACUCAGUUCCAACCAGGCCACGCUCGCCAGGCGUUCCCGUGCUACGACGAGCCAAGCUUCAAAGCCACCUUUGACAUAACUAUAGUGAGGGAGACUAAUUUCAGCCCAACUAUUUCUAACAUGCCCAUUAGAAGAACGGGACAGCCACUAAACGGAAGAAUAGCAGAAACGUUUUGGACUACACCACUGACUUCUACCUAUUUACUUGCUUUCAUCGUAUCUCACUAUGUUGUGGUCGCAUCUAACAACGAUACUGUUCGACCAUUCGAUAUCUACGCUCGCGACAAUGCUGGCACGACCGGAGAUUGGUCUCUUGAAAUCGGAGAACUACUUUUGGAUGCUAUGGAGCGUUACACCCAGAUUCCGUACUUCACAAUGGCUGAAAAUAUAAACAUGAAGCAAGCUGCCAUACCUGAUUUCUCAGCUGGUGCUAUGGAGAAUUGGGGUCUAUUGACGUACAGGGAAGCGUUAAUACUGUUUGAUCCUCUGAACUCAAAUAACUUCUAUAGGCAGCGAGUGGCAAAUAUUGUUUCUCAUGAGGUUGUUCAUAUGUGGUUCGGUAAUCUCGUCACCUGUGCCUGGUGGGACAAUCUUUGGCUUAACGAAGGUUUCGCCAGAUUUUACCAGUAUUACCUUACACAAUCGGUCGCACCAGAGCUGGGAUACGAUAUUCGUUUUAUCGUGGAGCAACUGCAGACAGUUAUGAUAUCAGACUCUAUUGAUACGGCACACGCUCUUACCGAUCCUGAUGUGAACAGCCCGUCUCGUGUUAGCGCUCACUUCUCUUCCAUUACAUACGCCCGCGGAGCCUCGAUCAUCAGAAUGACGCAGCAUCUGCUUGGAGACAACACCUUUGUUAAGGGUCUACGUUAUUAUUUGAAUGCCAGGAAAUUCGAUGUCGCUGAACCCCAUCAUUUGUUUGAAAACCUGGACGCUGCUGCAGCAGAAGACAAUGCGUUGUCGGCAUACGGCGACAUUACCAUUGACACUUACUUCAGAUCCUGGUCAGAGAAGGCCGGUCAUCCACUGCUAACAGUCAUUGUUAAUCAGAGAACAGGACAAAUGACUGUAACCCAGACUCGUUGGGAACGUAACACCGGAGUGUCAGAACACCCAAGUCUUUGGCACAUCCCCAUUACUUGGACUAGAGCUGCGUUACCCGACUUCGAGAAUCUGAAGCCGUCAUUGAUCAUAUCAGCAUCCACCACUGUGAUUGACAGAGGCAGCACUGGACUGGAAUGGGUGCUUUUCAACAAGCAAGAAUCUGGUUUCUACAGAAUUGACUACGAUGAUACCAACUGGGCUCUCCUCACAAGACAUUUAAGAAGUUCUGAUAGAACUGUUAUUCAUGAACUGAAUCGAGCUCAGAUCGUGGAUGAUCUGUUUGCGUUUGGUAGAGCAGGCACUAAGAGCUAUGAUAGAGUGUUCAACAUCUUGUCCUUCCUUGAAUUCGAGAGCUCGUACGGCCCUUGGAUAGCUGCUAUUAAUGGAUUCAAUUUUGUUCUUAGACGUCUUGCUCAUGAUACCACGAGACUGCAAAGGUUGCAGGAUAAUAUUAUACAACUAAGUGCUGCGCUAACAAGAAGGUUGGGUUACCUCGAGCUACCCUCAGAUACGUACAUGGACAACUUACUUCGUAUGUACGCACUCUCGUUCCUGUGUAACAAUGAACACAAUAUGUGCGUGACAGAAGCAAGACGGAACUUCGCAAACUGGAGAGCAGGUGUAUUCAUUCCCGCAAACAUGCGACCUUGGGUAUACUGUACUGGUCUCCGUUACGGUAACGAUGCUGAUUUCGAUUACUUCUGGAACCGCUAUUUAGCUGAGGACCUUGCCAGUGAAAAGGUCGUGAUGUUAGAAGCGGCCGGUUGUACAAACAGUCAGGCGAGCUUAUUCAAAUACUUAGAUGCUAUUGUGACCCUUGAUGAUGCAGUACGUGAACAAGAUUACAGUACAGCAAUGAAUUCUGCUGUCUCCGGGAACGAAGCUAACACAAUGAGGAUGUUCGAGUGGUUGCGGAACAACGUUAAUAGAACUAUUGCAGCAAUGGGGAGCGUUUCAACACCAGUAAGCAACAUUGCGGCUCGACUUCUCAAUGAACAGCAUAUCUCUCAGUUCCAAGCAUGGCUUGAUGCUAACCGUGAAGCUAUAGGGGCUGCAUAUAACACCGGUGUAAACGGCAUCGCUGCUACAAGAACGAACCUCCAAUGGUCUUCGCGGCGUAUUCCUGAGAUGGAACGUUAUUUCGAAAGUGGUUACCAAGAAGAUGUUAUUGAAGAUAUUGACGCUGGUGAGGAAGAGGAAGUAGUACCUCCUCCAGUUGAAGAGCCACCUGUGGUGACACCAGAAGAGGAGAAUGAUACUGGGUCUGCUAGUACUGCGGUUGUCAGUAUUGUGACUCUACUUGCUGCUGUUGUCGUUAAUAUUAUGGCAUAAUAGUGUAUUAUUGGGUCCAAUAAAAUUUGUACAUUUGUAAAUUA